CCAAAUCUGAGACUUGAGUGGAACCCCCCCUAACCCAGCCAGCCUCGUCUCUGUGCUCUCUGCCUCUCUCCAUCUCUCGAGCUCGGCACUCAGUACUCAGUAGUCCCUCACUCACUGGCUCACGGCCUCUCCCUUUACCUCGAUAGUCGUCACUCUCUGUCUCUCACAGCAUCACUUCGUCGCUCUUUCAGUCUCUCCCCUCGUCCCCUCACCUCGGUCGUCGUCGUUGUGCCGUGCCCCUGCGUUCGGUUCGUCGGCGGCAGAAGCAGACGGAACCAGUCAAGCAGCAGCUGCUCCCUCGGGUGGUGGUCGUCGUCAAUCUCAUCUUGUGUCGCGCCAGUCGCGGUGUUCCGACCAGUCAAGCAGAUGCAAGAUGAAAGUGAGGGUUGUUUGUAGGAAAAUCUAUGAUUACAUACGCUAUGAUCUCAAAGAGAUUGCUUUCCCAUCGUCUUUGCCUGACCCUCCUAACAUUAAGAAGCGUCGCAAAUUGACCUGGGACCAGCGUAUUUGGGUUUUAAAGAGAGCUGCUAGACUUUAUGCCGCAAGCUGGGUUCGCGACAUUGGCCCUGAUCUUCGGCCAGCACAUUACAAGAAGGAUGAAAUGAUCGAAGAACCCAAUGAUGAAAAGAAACCUGCUAAAGGAAGAGAGCCUUCAACACUGGAGGAUCUUGCUGUAGCUGCUAGAGGUGGAAUGGAGACUCUCAGACCUGCCUUGCAACGCGUGUACAUGACCAGAGCUUCUGCAUACAGAGACGCUCUUAAAAGCUUCAUAGUAGGUUACCAAGAAGGUGUUCAACAAGUAAUGGAGAAGAAAGAAGAUUCCAAAAGUCAAGAAGAUGCUGAUGUGCCCAAAAAAUCAACUUGAAAUUUCUUGUGUCAAGCAGCAGCAGCAGCAGCAACAACAACAACAACAACAAAGCCUGGUCGACUGCAUAGAUCAAACCACGUCACAGUGAGUUUGUUUACGCAUAGAAUUUUUUUACCACCUCAAGUAUGGUAAAUUUCUUGUAUCGAGCAAUGCUAUUUUUCACUCUUAUUUAAACACAACUUUGCAGAAGUUGCCAACUUUAUCUUGAACUAAAGGUUUUGAUGUACAUAAGUACAUUUUACUGAACAGAUAUAAUUGAGCAUUCCAAAAUAGUGAAAUGCUUGAUUGGACACUUAUACCUUUCAUAUUCUACAGUACACUCCUACCAAAAUACCCAUUAAAUCGUU